GGAGAGGGAGGCCAAGAAGAAGUUUGGAGACAGGACUGACAUUCAAAAUGCACACUUCACUCAAGAUCAGUCUGCUAUACCAAACGAAUACUUAAAUCUAGUAAAUAUUACCAGGAAGGAGAGAGAGUUUGUUGACGUCUUUUUGUUGCCUCCAUAUGACAGGUUAAUAGGUUACUUUUGGAGCUCUUGGCAAUGUUUCCCAGCCCCAGCACGUCCACUCCCUUCUCUGUAAAGGAUAUAUUAAACCUGGAGCAGAGUCAUGACGUUAUGGUAUCUUCUCUGGAUGUCUCUUCUCAUAUGGACUGCUGCACCGUGCCGACCUCCUCCUGCAUGCUGGCCCGCCUGAAGCAGGAGCCUCUCCGGGACAUGUCCGCUGCCACCUCGCUGUUUGGAGAGGACCUUCACGAGUCCAGAGCGGGCAGAGGCAAUGCACUCAGCUUAGCUACAACCUUUUAUGGGAAGUCACUCAUGGAGAUGGAUAUUGUUAAGGAUGGCAAAUCGGACGCGUUUGAGGGGAAACGCGCAAAAGAGGAAUUCAGUCCUCCGGCCGAGCCCGUGGAAGACAUAAAACCCGAGGAUGUGGACCGACCAAAGUCUCGGAGGCGCAGGAAGCCGCGGGUCCUCUUCUCCCAGGCGCAGGUGUACGAGCUGGAGCGCCGCUUUAAGCAGCAGAGGUACCUGUCCGCCCCGGAGAGAGACCACCUGGCCGGCGUGCUGAAACUCACCCCGACCCAGGUGAAGAUCUGGUUCCAGAACAGGAGGUACAAGUGCAAGCGGCAGCGGCAGGACCAGAGCUUGGAGAUGGUGUCCCUGCCGCCGCCCAGGAGGGUGUCGGUACCGGUGCUGGUGCGGGAUGGGAAGCCUUGUCUGGCGGCCGACACAGCCACCUACAACCCCUCCUACAGUAUGGGUCACAUCAACCACUUCACUUAUAACAACUAUCCAGCUUUCAGCAACUACACCAGCCCCGGCUGCAACACAAACUAUGCGUGUAAUUAUCCUGCAGCCACAAUGCAAACUAUGCAAGGAUCCUCCAACAACGGGAAUUACAUGAACUUCGGGGUAGGGGACCUGAAUAAUGUCCAGAACACGUUUUCUGCCAGUAAUGGUGUGUCUUCGUUACAUGGCAUUAGGACAUGGUAAACAGGAGACAAAAUACCAA